AUGUCCACGCUAGCUGAAACCUACGUGGCAUGCUGUCUACACCUUCUACAAGACCCUUCGUCUCAGCAGGUGUCUCUGGCGUCUGCCAGCGAGGUGGCAGACUUUGUCCAGGUGCUAGAAACUCUAGACAUUCUGCUGGCCAACUUGGCGCUAUCGUUGGUGCUCUUGGACCGCUACAAGGCCAACACGGUGAACUCGCUUUGCUUGGGGGACACUUGUGCUUUGAACACCGCCUACUAUGCGAUGAUCGCCUCGUUGAUUUUGGCCAACAAGUACAUGAACGACCAGAGCUAUACGAUAAAGACGUGGCACUCGAUUUUGGCAAAGUGCUCCCGGUUGGCGCCCACACUUGCCUUCUUGAACCAGCUAGAGAGCCAUUUCCUCAGCGCCUUGGGCUACUCAGUGGGCACGACUCAUGAUAAGAAGUUGUGGAGCCGCUUUGCCCAUGUGGACCAGUAUUGGCUUCAACAGCUUCGCACCCAAGUUGACGAGAGCUCGCCUUGUGUGGGAUCUGCUGUUUCUCCUUCUACAGCUAUACCGUCUCCUCCAGUUAGUGUAACUCUACCACACCAGGCAUCUGCUGCUCCUCCUGCUCCUCAGAAGAUAAACAUGGCACCAGUCAUGCCUACUCCUCCUUCGAUGCUGAUGCCUCAGCUGGUGCCUCUAGUACCUUCGUUUGCUCCACUAUCGGUGACCAUGGCGCCUGUGGUGAACCACUUUCUGCCUGCUUACUGCUUAGGCCAGCAGCUUCAGUCUCAUUUGCAUUGCACCCCUGUGCCCACGCCUCCCUCGGUGCCUCCUAGCAUGCCCCGGGGCCACAGGUAUGUUCACAGUCAGAGCCAGUUCCGCGAACCUGUCGAGGAGUACGUACCAUUGACGCCCGUCCAGCCUGUAAAGAGACGAAAGAGAGAUGACGAUAACAUGAACACCAUUUACAACAACAAUAUCAACAAGAAUAUCAGCAUCGGCGUUGGCCAAAAUUGGUUUGGUCAAGCUCCCAUGGGUGCCCGUAUGGGUUACUACAAGCAUUAUUGA